AUGUUUCCCGACAGCCGAACGUUUCCCCGACAGACUUCCCAGCCCACCCUGACACCUGCGCUACCCUGUGCCCGUCCGUCACAGGCACAGCGCAGGAGCACCUGCCCACAGCGGCCGCCACGCGUGGGCUUCGCUCGCUUCCCUCGUGCAGGACGUGCGCCGCGGCUGGAACAUCCCCAGGUGAUGCCCGCGGGAAACCCCUCGUUCCGGGCGAAGCCGCCGGCAGCGCCUCCCCCGCCGCACCCCAGCUGCGGGGCGAGUUUCCCGGGAGGAAGCAGCGCGGGCUCCCCACGGACGCCCCACUGGGGCAACACCGGGGCUGCGGCGGGAAGCCCUUUCGCGCAAGCCCGGCGGGCGGGGGAAGCAGCGGGGGGGCCCGGCGGCGGCGGCGGCGGCGGCGGCGGCGGCGGCGGCGGGGCGGGCAGUCGGCGGGCCCGGGGCGUGGCGUGGGGCCGGCGGCGCCGGGAGGCGGCUCAGUCCCCGCUGCCAGCUGAGGGCGGCGGGCCCCGCGGAGCAGCCGCCCAGCCCGGCCCGCCCCGCGCCGCACCGGAGCCGCCGCCGCCGCCGCCGGCCGGCGAGGGCGGCAGCAUGAGCGGCGGGCGUAGCGGGCGAUCCGCCGUGAAGAUGGAGGCGCCGUUUUACCCCGAGGAAGGACUAGAGCUGCUGCGCGACUUCGUGCCGCUGCCGGGUUUCGGUACCGCCGGCGGCCCCGGAGCCGAUGCGGCGGCUGCGGCGGCGGCCGGGCAGAAGCUGCUGCUGGGCGCCGGGAAGAAGCGGGACCUGGCGACCGCCGCCCCCGCACCGCUGCCGGGGCCCUUCGCCCUCCGCCCGCCCGCCGGCGCCCGCGGCAGCGCGGCGGCUCUGCGCUUGCUACAGCCGCCGCCCGCCGCCGCCCCGCCGCCGGCCGCUGGCUCCGCGGAGCCGGCGGGCGGCGGCGGCGCGGCGGCGGCGGCGGCCCGCGGCGGCCCGGAGGCCGCGCUGGGCUCGGCUGCGGAGCUGCCGCUGCUUAAACUACCGCCGGCCGCCGACCUGGAGCAGCUGCUGAUCCAGGGGGGAGCGGGGCUGGGGUCCGGCAGUCCGGGGCCGACGGCGCCCGGGGCGGGGAGCGGCGGGGCCGCGGCCGCGGGGCCGUUUCUCUACCGGCAGCCGGUGACGCAGGAGCAGGAGGGUUUCGCCGACGGUUUCGUUAAGGCCCUGGCCGACCUGCACAAGCAAAACCAGCUCCUGGCGGCGCCGCCGCCGCUCUCCACGCCGGGACCCUGCUGCACCGCCCGCCCGGGGCCGCCGGGAGCCGCCGCCGCCGCCGACCCGCCGGCCGUCUACACCAACUUGAGCGGCUUCAACCCCGCGGGGCCGCUGAGCCCCUCGGGCAGCGCCUACCCCGCCGCCUCCGCCCCGCCUCCGCCGCCGCCGCCGCCGCCGGCGGGCCUGGGCUUCGGGGCGGCGGGCUUGGGGAGCGGCCGGCUCCCGCCGGCGCGGUCCCUGGAGGAGCCGCAGACGGUGCCCGAGGUGCCGCCGUCGGCGGGCGGGGAGGGCGGCAGCAGCGCCCCGACGCCGCCGUCGCUGUCGCCGCUGGACGCGGAGAGCCAGGAGCGGCUGAAGGCGGAGCGCAAGCGGCUGCGGAACCGCAUCGCCGCCUCCAAGUGCCGCCGGCGGAAGCUGGAGCGCAUCGCCCGGCUGGAGGAGAAGGUGAAGGCGCUCAAGGGGCAGAACGCCGAGCUGGCCGCCACCGCCAACCUCCUCCGCGCCCAGGUCUCCCAGCUGCAGGGCCGCGUCCGCAGCCACCUCUCCUCCGGCUGCCACAUCAACGCCGCCGGGCAUCCGCCCCCCGCCGCCGCCGCCGCCCAGCCCCGGGAGCCGCCCGCCGAGGCGGCCGCCGCCGCGCCGGAGACCAGCGCCUGCUGAGGAGGGACGCCCCGACCCCGGCACCGGCACCAGCUCCCUUCCGGGCACCGGCACCGCCCGCCGCCGGGGCGGCGCGGAGCGGAGGCACCGCGGGGCCGAGGCGCGCCCCCACCGCCGCUCUCCUCUUGUUAUUAAUUAUUAUUAUUACUAUUUAUUUGCGCCCGGAGAAGGCGGCUGCACGAGCCGGGUGUUGCUAAGUGUUCCCCGAGGUCUCGAUGUUUCGCUCGGCAGCGAGGGUCUCCGUGGGUGGUUUUGGGGCAGGUGGAUUGUUUUGUUUUUCUUUUUUUUUUUUUUUUCAGUGAAGUACUUGAGGUCUGUAGAGAUUUCGGAAAUUAAGGAGAUUCCUGUUUACAGAAAGAUUCAACUUUAUUUUCAUGGGGGAUAUAUAGUGUGUUUCCUAAUACACCUUACUGAACUGCAUAGCAAUGGAUAAGCUUUUCAAACUUAAAAAAAAAAAAAAGCCAGAAUCGUACCCUUUUGAAAAGAUGUGCGUGUAUAUAUAUAUUUAAAACAUAAUAUGGCUAUGUAUAUUUUCUUGGUAUUGAUAAAGAACUUUUUUUUAAAAUACCGUCUUUCUCUAGAGCUUUAAUUUGCCAUUGAGAGUUAAGACAGCUAUGUGGGUGCUCUUGCACUUAACACAGCUUUGUUUUUAAAAUUGAACCCUGGAGGGAAAUGAUUUUUGUUGUAAAUCUGAAGCAGGAUGAAAUGCAUUGCUGAUUCAGUCAUAUGAAAAUACUUUUCUAAACUGUAUGCUCCGUAUUUCUUGUGCCAGUGCGAACCUGGGGCAUUGAUAGUUAUUUAUUGAAACUUGAACACUUUUGGAGGUUGCCUAGACCUUAUUUUUCUAUAUAACAUAUUAGUAGUGAAAACGGUUAAUUUGGCAAGAAGAGCUUUACUUUUUUUUCCUUCACUGUGUACAUUCCAGUAGUGUUUGCUCUUUACGUAGUAUAGUAACAACUCAGUGCUAUACAGAAAAGGGCUCAGAUUUGGGGUGGGUUAGCUUUAUAGCUAAGGUGGUACUUCCAUUGUAUUCUGUUCGAAUAAAUCACAGAAAUAUUAUGGAGAAGUAGAUUUAUUUUUCAGUAGAAAUCUGUGUAUCUUGCUUCUUGGUCUACUUUGUUCUAAAGAAACUUUCUGCAAUACUCUAGAGCAGAAAGAGUCAGCACUAGAACGUGCAACAUUUUUCUGGUUGGGAAGAAUUGGUGUGAUUUAUUUCUUUGUCAAGAUUUUACUAGUAGAAGAGAAUAGUAAAGGAACUAUUUCCUCUGAUUUGACAUAAUCCUCAAUCAGUUUUUGAAAGCUUUAGAUCCCUUGCUCGGUACUACUGCCUACCUUGCUUUUGCUGCACCUGUGUAUUUUGAGCAUAGCCGCUAAUGCAGCGCUGUUGAGCCCUGUGGCGCGGUGCCGUGGGAAGGGUCUGUCGGAGUGUGGCCGUCACCCCACCAGAAGCCCCUCGGUGUGGGGGCUGCGGGCUGGGCCUGCCGUUGGGGGAGGGCAGGGCAUCUCCUGAGCAGAUCCAGCUUGCAGAGCGGGGCCCACUCCCCUCUUUGAAACUGUGCUAACAACUUUGCUUGAACUCAGAGGCAAAACUUACAUGGGGAUAUGUGUCUGUGCCAGCUGGUGAAAAUGGGGAUUGUAUGAGGAACCGAGGGGGCAUAGACAUCUUUAUGUGUACAAGCCAUUGCUUGGGUCUGUUAAACCCACUCAGGAGCUGUUAAACAUCUCUUACUUCUUCUGAAGGCUACGCUUGAUGCUCUGCGAUUCAAGAAGAAUGGGAUAGACUCACAGUUUUUCUUGCUUUCACUGGGGAUACGUGAGUGCUAUCUGUCCUGAAAGUUGAGCUGCAGAAGUCAAGUGUGUGAGCCUUUUCUUUUAGUGCAUAGUCAUUCCUGGCACUUGUGUGAAACGACAUGACAAUGCAUAGCAAUUGUGUUAUUGUAGCUGAGAUGCUCUGAGGAUAUUUCUUUUCUUAAUGCAUAUGCAAAUUAGGUAGAAGCCAUAUUAAUCAUUGUAUAACUGUAAUCAUGUCACCAGAGCCUUUUUCGGUGGUUGAAAUGAUUGCCUGUAACAAGUACCUUCUGCUGUUAGAAAUACUAAUGAACAUAUAAAAAAUUAUUUUGAUCUUAACACAGGUUUAAAGACUUCUUAAAGGCAUUCUGAAAUGGACAGCAUACAAUCUGUAGCACUACCUUUUAUAUAACAACUGGGUGAAAAAUAGCUGGUUUUUACUAUGUGGCAGGCAUCACCUAUCUGCAAAGAUGCUGCAAGACUCGAGAAACUGAUAAAGAUUUUUUUUUUUUUUUUUUUUUUUUUUGCCCCCGACAGUUAGCAUGCUUUCCCUAGUGAGAGAGGUAAUGCUGCCUGGUAGACGUAUUGAUGUGAGAUGCUUAGCUUUACUGCAUGUGUAGUGAGGUGGGUUUUUUUCAAGGAAUCCUGGAAAAAUUCAUAAAAAUUACGUGGGUGGCCACUACUGUUUCAGUUCUUGUAUUUGCAAAUUGAGUGUAGGGCUAGGUGAAGAUCUUGUGGUAGGACACGGGACAGUGUUAAAUGCAGCUGUGCAGUACUUGUUCUUUACUUGUUUUACCAUUUCUGGUCAUACUGUAUUAGUAAUGACCAAGGAGAAGUGGGGGAUCCACAAAACACAGGAAAUCACUGCAAUUCCCCUUCCCAGCCAAGGGCAGGGCUAUUAUGAGCUCACCCUUUUCAGCAUGGUAGUGUUAAAGCUGGAAACCACCACACAUUACCUCUCUCUCUCAUUUAAACUUUCUGCAAGAGCAGUCCUGCAUCCAGCCUCUCAGAGACCUCGUGUGGCAACUUCUUUGAUAGCCUGCUCUAUAUUCUAGCUGACAUCUGUUAGGUGGUAGAAGUGCUGACAGGCCAGCUCUGUUACCCUGAUGACUGAUGAGAGGUUACUAGUGAGGCUGGUGGCUCCAGCUGUCUGCCAGAGGCUACUAUUCUGGUAGUGGAGUUGCCAGAAAGAAAUGUUUUCUGUAGAGUGACAGGUUACCUUCACAAAUGCCUUCUUUUAUCUGGGAUUUAGGCUAAGACACAGGAUCUAACACUGACGUGACCAAAAUCUGAGAACAGUGUGGGGUAGCUGGUUUUUUUCCCCUGUUGUUUCUGCUAGAGGUUGCUGCUCAUAUAGUAGAGAUAUGAGUGGAUAGCCUAAGCACCUCGCAUUUUAAGCCAAUAUAACAAGAUAUAACACAGGAGUGCUUGCCUGCUGCAGCUAUCAGGCUUGAUUGUUACUGUCUUCUAAAAUGUAUCAGUACUCUUGGCUUUUCCCAAAUCUUUAAAUAUGGCUUCUUUAUUUUGUUCUGCCUUUUUUCUUCAGUUCGUAGCAGUAUUUUUCAUGUCUAUUUCUUUUAGGGUUUGAUUUUCUGCCUAAAACUUUGGUCACUGUGAGAUGCUAAAAGACGGAGACUGGGUAAAAAUUUUCCAGUUCUUUAUGUGAUUUGCAUCAAUGUAGCUGCUUUUCAGUAACUUGGGGCAAGUUGGCUGUGUAUCACUGCAACAAGACAAACAAGAAAACUCCACCAAAACAGUCCAUGAUCAGUGGAAUCUCACCGCUUUUUAGCAUUUUUCUUCAUCCUUCAAAACCAUACCAUGUUUUAUUAUACUUGUGCACGCUAUUUGCUAGUCCAUACAAAGAUUCUCACUGCGUGACUUGGGUUUCCAGGGUACCCUCAUGCCCUUCUGAUAUGGUUUUGCAUUCCAGGUGCACAGCCAUGACAAUCAGACAUCCCUCUUUGCUUUGCCCUAGCUGUAAUCACUCCUCUGGAGAUUAUACAGUCCCUUCCUUUGUCUGUUUUGGCUGGUGGAUGCCUGUUCCUGUGCCCAUCUUGCUUGCUGCUCAUCAGCAGAUUUUGAACGCGCUUGAACCGAUAUCUUGAUCUAGAUGCGAAGUGCCUUCCUAUUUAGGUGCUACAGCAAAAUAGUUUGAUUCAUAAAUUACUUUCAUUUCUUUAAAUUGUUAUCAGAUCUUUUCUGUCCUGGGGAGUACGAGGAGGAGUGUUUGUGGUGAGGGAGGUCUUGUUCACUCCUUCCUUGGGCAGAGGGAGGAGCUCCCAUCAGAUCUGCCCCUGCUUGCUGUGAGUGCAGGGAAAGUGCUCUUCUAUGACUGAUUCAAACGUUGUCAUUACUAGAAAAGUUAAUUGGUUUGCUCCCCAGCAUAGAAUGGGUAGUGAAAUCUGUCAGCAUCACAAGGUGUCCAGACAUGUCCGGGUGGUUGGUGAGUGGUUCUUACAACUUUCACUGUGACUCCAGGUCGAGCCCAUUUGGCAGGCUUAGAGAGCAAUUGCCAAAGCACAAGUACUUUGCAUACUUUGAGAAGCGUAGGUGUUCAGGGGUGAUAAGUCCUGAUUACCAAGAGGGAUGAUUCUGGUGGUGGUGACGACAUUUUUGUCAUGAGCCUUUGAUGGUCUUGCAAGACAUAAAUACCUCAAAGGAUUUGGACUUUUCACUGCAUGUCAUAAAUCACUAUUAACUAUCAUGCACUGUUGAAGAUCAAAGGGUGGGCCUACUACAAUUCUCCAUUAUCUUCCUUUGUGUUUAUCUCAUUACUGAAGGAAGAGUCAUAAGGCAUACUUUUUUUUCAUUUAAAUAUCUUAUUGAUGGUGUCUGUCUCACCUUUGACAAAGGAGUGAUCUCCCAAAGUUAAGCCCUGGGGCAUUCUGCAGUUUGCAGCUGUUAAAGUGGAAAUUCUAUUUGGCAACUCAUUUCUAAUUAGCUACAUAGCUUGAUGACACUUUCUGAAUUCUUGUUUGGUGGUGUCUGAACUACAGGUGCAUGCUGUGUCUCAGUUACUAGUUGUGCUGAAAAUAGUGACUUCUCUGCCAUAACCUGAGUCUUGUCUGUUUGAAUCCCCUAGCUUCUUAGAGAAAGUUUCUCCAUAUCUGAAAUUAAUAUGCAAAAAAAAACCCAAACCAACCCCAUCAUUUUGUAACAUAAGUCAUUCUUCCAUGCAUUUUGUGUGCCCUUCUGCUUCUGGAGUGCAAGUUAAAAAAGAAAAAGCAAUGAGUUACAUUUUCCUUUAUUCUUGUGUGCAGCUGUUAACUGCUGCUAGAUAAUUUUGCUCUUUCCUUACUUGAUUCUCUAAGUUUCUAUGUUUAGCAAGUAGACAAAUUGGAGUAUGACAUAGCUGCGUACAUAUUUGAUUUGCACAAAACCACUUCCAUUUUCCGAGUGUUCUGUUUGCAAUUUUACUGUAACUGAGAAUGAGUGUUGAAGAGUUCUAGGCUGUUUUAACACUCUUUGGUCACUUCCUCUGAUCAGUAUUGUGUGCAGUGACUGCGCACCUUCCAGCAGAGGUGGACAGUACAGUCUGUCAGGGGUUCACCUUUUUUUAACAUUUGGCAAGACGUGUAUCAGCAGAAAAAGCCUUGAACAGAAAGCUUUCACAGUGCAUAAUAAUCCUGCAAAUGUCAACUGAUGUUUCUAAUGCUGCAGUCACUUGCUGUGGGUCUGCAUCAGGGUUUGCUGUACCUGAUGCAGUAUGAUAAAUGUUCCUGUGACAAACUGCAGAAUCUAAAGUUUCUUAUAAACUUGUUAAUCUUGCUGCACAUGGUGAAACUUUACUGUGAAGGGGUUGAUGAACUAGAUCUGAAUUUAUGGAGACUUAGGUACAUUACAGGAGACAAGAGGUCUUGUUAAUUCUCAGUUAUUCCUGUCCUGUGUUUCAAAGAUAUUUCUCUUUUUAUCCUGCCUGUGAAGUGGCUUGCAGCUUUUUGUGCUGUGAAACUUCUCUCUUCGUAGUCUCUGGUAGUAACUCAGGCGGGACAGAAGCAACUUCUGCAUGAAGUGGUCAUGUGUGACAAACUAAAUGCAGAUUUCUGAAAAACACUGCAACAGUGAGUGUACAGUGGAGAACCUGCUGUUGUCUGUGUGUUGCUAAGGGAGUCUAGAAAUGUAUGCACCUAAUUCAUAAUGAGGGCGGCUUUCCAAGACACCAUCCUGUUGACUUGCUAUAGGCAUUGAUCCUUGCUGCUUGCUUUAGUCUGGAAGCGGUUUUCCUUAUCUAUUGCAUACCAGAAGGUUUACUUUCUGCAUCAGUAUAGUCACAAGCCAGAUCUCUGCUUGGAUGUUGAAACAGUCCACUGCAUGCAGGUCAACCAGAAUGCCAUACUGUAGCCGUCCUCGCAGGGUCCUGCUGAGGAAACAGAGGCAGGGAGAGGAAGGAAACCAGUCUAGGAUCUGCAUCCUCACACCAAUGCUGUGUUUUGAAAUGCAACUUUCUGUUGAGUAGUCUUGACUAAAGUGUGUCACUGGUGUAAAAGCACUGAAUCUUGGCCUUGUGCCUGCAGGGGACAUGAGGUCUUGUGCUGGACUUCUGCUUUGGGUGGUAUCCUCUCAACUCUGUGCCAGCCACUGGUACAGGAAAAGCCAGCAAGUCCAACCUUUAUGAACAAAUUCUUCUGAAGCACACAGGUACCCAUAAACACAUGUCAAGGUGUUGUGCACAGACACUCGCAUGCAUAAAGAAGGGCAUGGCCAAAUGGAGGAACUGUGAUUUUCUUAGCUGCAGCAGUACACAAUGGGGCACCUUCAUAUUCUUUGUCAUGGUCAAGUUCUCCCAGAAGAAAACCAAGCUGCAAUUCUUUGUGUGAUUGCAAGGUAAUUUUUUAGAUUUCCAGUCAAAUUGACGAACUGUCAAAUCCUGCAAUGCUAAAUUAACACAAAAAAGAUAAUUAAUUUUGAAGUCACAUUUAGCCUUAAUGUAAUCUGAAGUGCUGCAGUUCAUAUGUAGUAAUUUGCUGCAAAGUGAAAGGAAGGUUCUUACAGAUAAUGUUUGCUCUUUUGUCUGUUAUCAAAAGGUCUCUAUCCAUAGUGUGGCUAGCUGUAAAUUGAGCUUUGUUCUGAAUUUCUGGUACUAGUAACAUACAUGGUCUGCAGUAGUUUAAGGAGUAUGUGUGUUGGCUAAACUGCUUUUCUAGAGGAAUUAUGAUUUCUGUAGGAAUGCUUUGGAGUGGUGAUUGACUAUGAAGCCUUCCUAACACAUGGAGAUAAUAGAUAUGACCAGUUCACUGUGCACUAAUACACUGCUAGAUUCUGAUAUUUAGCACACUGCUGAUAAUAUUUACUUCUGCUGUUACUUAUUGGUCAAGAACUAGUUCAGGGUGGAAUUGUAAGCGACCUAAAUAAGGUCCACAUAGUCAGAGAGCUGUGCCACUGGAGAUCAGUAACAGACCCUCCAUUUCAUCCCACAAGAAAAAUAUAUCUUUUUUCUAGAUUAAGUCCUAUUUUACUCUUCCCUUGAAAUUUAUUUAAAUAAAUUUGAAAACCUUUCUGCUAAGUACCUCAAAGCAUCUCUUGCAACUGUUCAGUGACAGUCAGAUUGUGGUGGUACUUCUGCCAUAGAUGGAGAAAGCUGAAGCUGCAAAAAGUCAGGCUUCUCAUUGCAUCCCUGUUUUUAGAACGUGGACUGAACAUUUGAAAAAUCAUAACCAGAAACUUGAACUCUGUAGAACUGUUUGAUACCAGUUUCUUGUCCUCUGCAGAAAGCUUCCCACCGCCCUAAGGGAUGUGUGGCCCUCCUGCCUGACAUGGAAAAUUGACCUUUAAAAAUGUACAGUCUUUAAAAAAAAAAAAGGCUUAUAAAGAUAAUCUUGAGGUUCACACUGAGCCUUUUGAAGGAUAACGUGUUGAGCUUGAGAACCUUUCCCACACCUUUGUUUCAUAAAUCUCCAGAUUUUCUUGUAAUGCAGGACACAAGCAAUGUGGUGGCACAGAAUAAAGUUAAUGGACUAUUCCAGACAGCAUAUUUAGGAUAUCUUAUUUUCCCCUAGUAACUGUUAGGGAAAGAUACCAGUAGAAGAUACUGGUAUAAAACUUGCCCUUCUUAAAGGAAUAGAGCCAGAGGUUGAACUCCUGUUUUUUCCAACUUUUACCAUUCUGUCUUUUAAUAUCCUUCAUGGAAGGGUGACAGAAAUAGUGGGAAAAUACUGACUACUGGAGAGUUAAAUAAUCUUGUUACGUAUAAUAUGUCACAUAAGCUGUGGCCAUGAGUAGCUAGGACACCUAUUUAGAGUCUGCAAGAUGACACCUUCAGAUCAGGGAUUCAUAAAAUGCUGCCUAAGUGUCAUUACCAGUCCAGACCAUUUUGUGCCAGUUACUAAAAUGGUAUUGUAAAUCCUUGUGAUGUUUGAAAAUCUUUCCGGGCACACUACUGAUAUCACAGCACAAGCUGGUAUGUCUAUGGUAUCUUUAUGGUAUGAUACCGCUUUAUCAGCAGGCCAAAAGUGUGUAAUAAAGUCUACUUCUUUUAUUCCUUUUCUCAUGGUAAUAGAGAUAGUACUUGGAGGAGUCAGCAACAUUAAGAAAAAAACCAUGGAAUCCAAGGAAGAAAUAAAAUUUAUCUCUGGUACAAUAUUUAGUGGUAAUGUUGUAUGUUUAAGUGGCAGAGGAUUAAGAUUGCUUUUCAGAAUGCUCUUUAGCUUGUUUUGUUGUUACUCCUUAAGUAUCUUCUAAACUUCUCUUCUUUGGAAACUUUGCCCCUCCCUGUUUGGCCUGAUGACUGGUAAUUUCACACUUACCCUUAUUUAUUUAAAGCCAUGGCAACCACCAUGCUGAAAUGUCAUCAAGUAAAGUCCAGUUGGAAUGCUGACUGAUGAUGCAAAGGUCUGCUAUCUAAUAAAAUGAACCCGUGGAGGAUGAGCUCCAAAAGACAGCUACGCCCUGUCUUCAAGCAUUUGCUCUAAUUUCAAGGCUUUCCCAUGUGGUGUUGCUCAACAUGUAACAAAACAAGUUCUUGCGAGCCCCUUGAGCAUUCCUCCUAUGUAACAGAUUAAAUAAUCAGGCUUCGUUAAUUCCCCCUCCCCAAAAAAAACCCAAACCCAAAAUGGAAAAAAAAGAACCAUCACACGCAAAUAUUGGAGAAUUGUUUUGCUUCGGUGCAAAGCAUUAUUUGUGAAUUACAGAGACACUUGGCGCAGUUCUGACAUGUGAGCCGUCAGUGUAAACACCUACUUGCACCAGUGAUUUUUGGUUUGGUUGCACUUAGCUACUUUGUAGGGGACAAAGGGAAGGGAAUAAGUGUUGCAAUAUAGUGUUGUGCAAUUCCUGGCUUUGAAAUAGAAAAUGAUGAGCAAGUCUGCAUAGGCCUCUCACCCACCAAAAUUUGGCCGCUGGUUCUUACCACUCCCACUCUUCUUAAUUCAGAACGGGUCUGCUGGCUUCUUAAGGUCAAAAGGAGACAAGGAUAGACAAGAGAGGGCAGUAUCAGGGCUGUUGUGCUGUUCUCCUCGGCCUUAAAACUCAAUCUGUUAGAUUACCUCUAGUUUAUGAUGUCUGAAGGUAAUCUUUAGGAUUCCUAUGUGGGGUCUUACUGGGAAAGGUGACUGGAUCCAUAUUGCUGAUUAAGUCUCAUUGGUGAAGUAGCUCUUCAGCUGUCCAUGUUUUUCAGUCUGUGUAGUUGUAGGACAUUCUUCCAGGGCUGUUCCUCUUUCCUGGAGUGGCUCAUCUAAGGCUGGCUUGGUCUUCCUGCAGUUUCUGCCUAGAUGGAAUAUCUUUCUGAGGUUUAGGUGUUUGUGACGGAUAAUGUUGUAUCACUCAAAAUAGACACCCUGAGAAAGGAGCAGUUCUGGAUAGGUGCAGACUGGGAAAGAUUAAAUCCAUCAUUCUUUGAGCAAUAUGUCUUUGUAUCAGUUGAACAGAGCAACUAACUCCCAUCAGCUAAAAAGGAGAGACCUCUUGGGCAAUGGGACCCAGGUUUGAAAGCGCUCGGUUUCUGGUGCCUGGUUCUUGCCGAACUUCUGUGGUACAGAAAACGUUUCAUGCCCUGCAGUACAUAAAAGCCUUGCAAUAUCAUGAGCUGGGGCUCCUGCUAGGAUCAAGCAAGUCCUGUGGUCCUCAUUGGGAUUACAGUCAUGCCACACGCUGAUCCACUGACCAAAGGGAUCUCCUGAAAACGAGAAGCAGCCCCUCCCUGCUGCUGGGUAGCCACCAGCAUCCUCAUGCUCUCUUUUUGUCCAAAAGGAGAAGUGUGAGCAAACUGCCAUGUCCUACAGCUCUGGAAUCCAAACUGGUUCUUCCCAGGCCUUCGGGCAUGGCACUGAAACUUUCUUCUUCAGGAUAGCUGUUCAAAACGAAAGGUGGAGACAGCAGUUCAGAUUUGGCUUUGCUCUUCCAGCAGCUUACGUGCAACUAGUUGGUGGGUGGUUGUCUGCCUACAUCCUUUCCUGGGUUCUUGUAAGUUGGGUUUACAUGUACCUUCUUAUUCUGCCUUAUUAAAUUAGCUGGCACAGAGGAAGCCUCUGAGAAACCCUUUCAAAGUCUCUGCUUCAGGAAGAAUUUUUUAAAAAUUACAAUAUUUGAAUAGAUUAAAAAAACCUCCCAAGACAAACAAGCCUCCUGAAACAAACAAAAAACCCAAACAACAAAACAAAUUACUUUGUAUGGAUACGCAUACUUCCCAUUUUUUUAAACCUGAUUAUUUUAGGGAACUCUGUUCAAACAGGUGUGCUGGCAAGGACAUUGCACACAGACAGGGGUAAUCACAGUGAAACAAAAUUCAGUAGCUACUCAUUUGCUGGAUUUGGUCAGGAGACGUUUAUCAAGGACACUUCUGACAGCUUUUUUUCUGAUGCGGUGAUUUUUUUUUUACGUAAACAGAAGCUACAGGGCUUAAAAAUAUACAGCUGAGGAUUAUGUCCAUUGUAAUUUUUUUACAUUACUUUUACAAACUAUGUAGUCUUAUAUUCAAAGUACUUAUUUCUGAGACAAAGUGGACAAUAUUAGUUGGCAUCUUGCACUUGAUUAAAUGUAGAAUAUUUUCUUAAUUUAGUGAUGUGUUUAGGAGAAUACUGUAACUUACUAAAUAUACAACGGUGAUAACUGUGUUUACAGUACUUUUCCAAUUCCUACUGUUCAGUGGUAGCAAACUUGUUUAAGAAUUAAAAGUAAGGCAUACUGUGAUUGGCGAUCUUGGAAAAAUUUACUCAGUGCUGCUACCACUAAAUGCUGUGGGAUGGAUACCAUGGAUUUAAAUGGCAGCAGAAUUGUAUUCCAAGCCUCUGUCUUAAGUACUUAUGACUAAAAGGCGACUUGCCUUGUGCUCCUUUAUGUAUCCCUGUGUGUAGUACAUCAGUUAGAAAUCUGUUAAUGAUUGAUUUGUAACACUAGGACCUUUAUGGAGAUCACAGUGGGGUUUUUGUUUGUUUUUUGUUUGUUUCUGAACAGACACUUAGACAUUUUGGAAUGUAUAACAUUGAUCCUUGUGCUGGAAUUGUUUACAUGCAAAAAGGUAUUUAUGAUUUUUUGCAAACUGCAAUGUGCAAUUUUGUACAUGUGUUUAAAGAGUUUAUAAGGAAGAUAUUGUAUGUACAGUACUUGGACCUGAGUAUUAUUUCUUUGAUAUAAAUAUCUAGAGGAAAAUUAAAAUUGCUUUAUAUUCA